UGUUUGAAAAGACGCGCCGCACAGUCAUUGGCCAACUGUCAUGCGUACACGUCCACAUCAGCCAAUCACACGCCUCUAAACCCUCACCACACUGCGCGCGUGAUCGUCCUCGGCUUUAAAAAGCAGCGGUGUAACGCUGAUCUUCAUUUUCUGUGUUGAACGGAGAAGUGAAUCUCGUCAUCAUGGCAAGAACCAAACAGACCGCUCGUAAGUCCACCGGUGGAAAAGCCCCGAGGAAGCAGCUCGCUACUAAAGCCGCCCGUAAAAGCGCCCCCGCCACCGGUGGCGUCAAGAAGCCUCAUCGUUACAGGCCCGGUACCGUGGCGCUGAGAGAGAUCCGCCGUUAUCAGAAGUCCACUGAACUGCUGAUUCGCAAACUGCCUUUCCAGCGUCUGGUGAGAGAAAUCGCUCAGGAUUUCAAGACGGAUCUGCGCUUCCAGAGCUCCGCCGUCAUGGCCCUGCAGGAGUCCAGCGAGGCUUAUUUGGUCGGUCUGUUCGAGGACACCAACUUGUGUGCCAUCCAUGCCAAGAGGGUCACCAUCAUGCCCAAAGACAUUCAGCUGGCACGCCGCAUUCGUGGAGAGCGCGCUUAAAUCCACAGCGGCGUCAUUCACAUCAACACCAAAGGCUCUUUUAAGAGCCACUUCAGUUACACUCAACGAGUCUAU